AUGAAUCGCCUACCAUCCGUCUCCAGCCUCAUGUCUCCCCCAGAGCCCAAACCGUUCGACAGCUUCAACUCUGGUUUUCCGCCGUCGUUGACAAUGUCUUCAGAAGAUGUUGUCAAGUUGCCACCCAUUUCAGACGAUCGAAAACGCAGUCGAUCCGACAUUGACUUGCCCUCGCCACCAGUCACUCCAUAUACAGGAAACAAGAAACGGAGGUCAAAUGCAGAACAGCUGGAGGCUGAAGUGGGUGGUAACAACAAUAGGGACCCGGUACUCUUUCCUCGCAACGAAUCAAUCCCAGAUGUCCACAAUGACGAGCCUCUCUUUGGACCAGUCCUCCCCUCUGCUGCGGAAGCAUUGAUCGAUCAGCACAUGAAUUCUCAAAUGGCUCGAUUCCACACCAAGGUCAACAAACCGACUCGCGACGAAUAUAGGCUAGCCUUAUCCUGCGUGCCUAUUGUGGCGACACAAUACAAUCGGGACCCCAUGGCUUGGGCGAGGGAAGAGAGAGAGACUCUGGAAAGACAAAUGGCAAUGAUGGACCGUGUGGAAUACCGACCGGGCAACUUUAAGCGUUUAGCACCUGCACCUUCAAAGAAGACCACUAGCGCCACUCAAUCGCGUGCUGCCAAAGCAUCCCGGCCUCGUCGGACGCCGAAAUCCACGCCACAACAGCGUGUACUGGACACUUUUGAAAUUGAAUAUUCGCCCUCAUCGAAACCGUUGCGAGCCAUUGGUACCAACCGAGAUGAUACCGACUACAAUGCGCUGAAGGAUUACGCCCCGCCACUAGAAACUCUUGGAGGGAACACCAAGGGUCUCAAGGCAGACUGGAAGGGUCAGAUGCUAGAUCUCAGCAAUGACCCAGACCGCGGUCUGCUAGACCCUGCUGAAGUUAAUCUUGCCGCCACUCUGCGGCUGUCCUGUGCAACCUAUCUUUGCAGCAAGAGGAGGAUCUUCGAAGCUCGCGUCAAAGCUCUGAGCAUUGGCAAAGAGUUCCGGAAGACAGACGCCCAGCAAGCUUGCAAAAUCGAUGUCAACAAGGCUAGCAAGCUGUGGACGGCUUAUGACCGAGUUGGCUGGUUCAAACCGGAGCAUUUCAUCAAAUUCUUGAAGGCAUAG